AAUUGCACGAAAUAACAUUGUACUCUUCAAGGAGCGUAAGCCAUCUCCAGGUUCUGCUUUAUGAUUUUUCUUAUCCAUUAUUAAUUAUUAUAUCAUAAAACCUAACAAGUAUCAGUCUUAACUCUUAAUUACUACAUCUAACCUUUUUAAUCAUUGAAUAAAAGAGAAUAUAUGAUGUGUUUUAAUUUGUGAUCAUUAUAUCUUUCUUCAUAAAAAUAUUUAAAGAGUGGUCUCUACCUACUUAAAUUAAUAUAAGAUGAUAUAUUUGAUCAUCUUUAAUAUUAUAUAAAUAAAUGACGAUCUGGCCUCCUUUUAUAUGAACUUCUAACCUCUUCUAACCUCUUCUAACCUUCUAACCUCUCUAUAAAAACAAAGUAUAUUCAAGGUGUCCUAUACGUGAUAGCUAUAACAAUUGCUUCAUCAUGGUACGAAAAUUAAAAUAUCACGAACAGAAGUUGCUGAAAAAGGUUGAUUUUAUAUCAUGGGAAGCAGAUAAUAAUCUACACGAAGUGAAAAUUUUGAAACGUUAUCGAAUACAAAAAAGGGAAGAUUAUACGAAGUAUAAUAAGCUAUCACGGGAAAUUCGUGAAUUAGGGGAAAAAAUUAAAGAAAUUGAUGCAGAUCAUCCAUUUCGAAUAGAACAGAGUGCAUUAUUGUUGGAAAAGUUAUAUAUAAUGGGACUUAUAAAUACAAAAUGGGAUUUGUCACUAACACAAAAAGUGAGUGCAAGUUCGUUUUGCAAAAGACGAUUGCCAGUUAUUAUGGUGCGAAAUAAAAUGAGCCAAAAUUUAAAAAUUGCAACACAAUUAAUAGAACAAGGUCAUGUUAGAGUUGGCGUAGAAGUUGUAAAAGAUCCAGCAUUUCUGGUAACAAGGAAUUUGGAAGAUUUUGUCACUUGGGUAGAUACGUCUGCUAUUAAGAAACAUAUAUUGGAAUACAAUGAUGCUAGAGAUGAUUUUGAUAUGGCAUGAAUCUAUUAAAGAUAUUAAAACCAAAAUUUCUUAAUUCUAAUAACUACUAUUAAAAUUCUCAUACGUAAAAAAUAAUUAUAUGUUCAAUAAAUCAUUUAAUUAAUAUCUAUAGAACUUAAUUGUCCUUAAGAACUGCUUUCUGACAUUUUUGAGAUUGUUUCAUAUGAAUUUCUUGAAAUAUAACUUCACGAAUUGUAUCCAUGUAAUUACUAAAAAGAAACAAUAAAUUAAGAACUUUGAAAAUA